ACACUGUUCGACAUUUUCGUCCGCUUGUAUUUGAUACAAGCGGCGUGUUUCGUGCGUGUGUGUGCCCAAAAUGACUUAAGUUGAUCGCUUAAACGUCAUUUACUUCUGCCAUAUAUAGUAAGAAUAUUCAUGGCAACAUCGACGCCGUAGUUGCUGUAUAUAAGUUGGUUGUUGCCUCUGUAGGAUUCAAAACCAAUCAUGCAGACGAUGUUUCGGACGGGUGUCAAAUCUACUCGCUCGUUGCGCCUGGCUCCCAGGACUCCCAAGGUGCCCCGCGCGGCCCUGUCGAAUGACUCGAGGAGGCAGUUUGACGUCAUCGUCGUUGGCGGUGGUCAUGCCGGCACCGAAGCUGCGGCUGCCUCGGCUAGAAUGGGCUGCAAUACCUUGCUGCUUACCCACCGCUUCGAUACUAUUGGAGAAAUGUCCUGCAAUCCGUCCUUUGGCGGUAUUGGCAAGGGUCAUCUCAUCAGGGAAAUAGAUGCACUGGGUGGGGUUUGCGGCAAGAUAUGUGAUUUGUCAGGUAUUAGCUACAGGGUUCUGAACAAAAGAAAAGGACCGGCAGUAUGGGGUCCAAGGGCACAGAUAGACCGGGGAUUGUACAAAAGGCACAUCCAAGCUUACUUGAAGAACCAGAGAAAUCUCACGAUAAUUUGUGGAACUGUUGAAGACCUCGUACUGCAAGAAACAGCGGAAGGAUCGCACUGCGUUGGAAUCACCUUGGAUGACCACUCCACAAUUCAUUCCCAGUGUGUUGUGUUGACAACUGGGACGUUUCUGAGAGGGCAGAUCAACAUCGGUCUGGAGACGUACCCGGCUGGACGGCUUGGCGACAAGCCAGCCAUAGGCCUUGCUCAUACACUCGAGAAGUUGGAGUUCAAACUGGGCAGGCUAAAAACAGGAACUCCUCCCAGGCUGGAUGGGCGAACAAUUGACUACAGCUCUCUAGAAAUGCAACAUGGAGACAAGCCACCAGAACCAUUUUCCUUUAGCAGCACAAAAGUGUGGAUCGAGGCUGAAGACCAAGUGCCAAUGUACCUGACGCAAACAACACCGGAAGUAGACAAACUUGUGCUUGACAACCUCCACCUUGACAGACAUGUCAAAGAAGAAGUUACCGGACCAAGGUAUUGCCCAUCCAUAGAGUCCAAAGUGCUUCGAUUCAAAGGCCGUGUCCACCAAGUCUGGCUGGAGCCUGAAGGCCUGGACACCCACAUUAUCUACCCCAACGGCAUCUCCUGCACCUUACCUGCUGAUGUCCAGCAGAAGCUAGUUCGGUGCAUGCCAGGCUGUCACAACGUGGAAAUGAUCAGACCAGGUUAUGGUGUGGAAUAUGACUUCAUCGAUCCACGGCAGAUUAAACCAACACUCGAAACGAAGAAGGUCCCGGGCCUCUUCCUGGCUGGUCAAAUUAAUGGUACAACUGGUUACGAAGAGGCCGCUUCUCAGGGUAUCGUGGCCGGCGUAAAUGCAGCAUGCAAAGUGCUGGACCGGGAGCCACUAACCGUGACGCGCCUGGAAGGAUACAUUGGAGUGCUUAUUGACGACCUCACGACACAUGGCACCCAGGAACCCUAUCGCAUGUUCACCAGCAGAGCUGAGUACAGGCUCAGUCUGAGGCCCGACAAUGCGGAUGUGCGGCUAACUGAGAAAGGCUACAAGGUAGGCUGCGUUUCAGAGGAAGAAUAUGAGAGAGCGUCUAGCAUGAAAAAUGCCCUGGCCGAUGCACAACGCAUUCUCGGCACCGAGGUCAAGCACACGCAGCACUGGAGAAGUUUGCUUGGACUACCUGCAACAGUUAAUCAAACGCAGAAAAGUGCCCUGGAAAUGCUUGGAACCCUAGAUGUUGGUGGCGACGCCAUUGUGGACAUGUUUCUACCAAAGCUUGGCCAUCUUGCAUCAAGCCCUAUGUUUAGGAACCGGCUAAAGAUAGAAGCUAGAUAUGCGUACCUGGUAGCUAUGCAGCGGGUGGAGAUUCUUGAACUUGAGGAAGGAGAAGCUCUACAGCUUCCAGAAAACAUCGACUACAAUGACCCUUCAUUGAACUUGUCCAAUGAAGUCAAAUCGAAGUUGGAGCAAGCAAGGCCAACUACGGUGGGAGCAGCAAGCAGGAUACCUGGUGUUACGCCAGUAGCAUUGCUGAGCCUGCUGCGACUCGCGAAGCAAAGAGAGAAGUUAUCGUUUGCUCUCUGAUAGUGCGAAGCUCAAAAGUGCAGUCAUAUUGUACAGAUUGAAAUAAAAGCUCAUCACUUCAACAA